CCGGGAACCAGGAAAAGAAAUUAAACAUAAGACCAAAUAAAAGUGCUUUGGCCUCAUAAAAUGCGUAAAACAAAAUGCAUAGGUCCUGCAAGACUAUUUAUGAAGGCAUCUUCGUGUGUGGAAAGGUGCAUCAUGUUGAAUUUCAAUCAUCAAACAUCAGAUGGUUUACUGUGGCCGUAAGGGAGUCAUGAGUGGAAAUCCUGCAUCAAUAAUAAAAAUUAUUAGAGGCAGAGAAGAUCUGUGGUUGAAAACACCCAUCAUACCGUCCUAGAAGUUUACAGGAUGGCUGACAAGAAUUUUUUAAGCAUUGAUGCCGCUUUAAAAAAUGCACAUCAGUCAUCGUGUGAAGAAGUCAGGCCUGUUCGUCUAUUUUCAAAUAUAUCCUACCAUUUAAGAAACACAGGCAACGGGCAGAGUCGGAACUUUCUUACAUUUGAGCAAUUGGAAACGAAUAUUUCUACUUCAGAGCAACCAGAUAACAUUGAACAUCCUGGACAUGUUCCAAGUGCAAAUUUAAGAAGUGACAGCUCACCAGAUUUUAAUAAUCCUUGUACAAAAGUAAAGGAAGAAAUUAAUGAUGUGGGCGAUCAUGUUCUCGUUGAACAGCUUGAUACUACGCCAGGUGAGCUUGGAACUGUACAUGGAGAUUUACACACACAUACCUUUAGCAGUCUUGCUAUAAGAGUGAAAGUAGAAGAAAAUGAUGGAAAUGAUAAUAAUGGUAGCACUGCUCAAGAAAGUAAUUCUAUUAUCUCUGAUAUUGAUAUCAAACCGAACAUCACUGAUUCUGACCUGCUUGGAUUCAAUCAAAAUUCGGAGAUUGAUAUCAAACCCGAAUUAAAGGACUUCCUUGAAAUUAAUCAGGAACCAGCUAUUGAUAGAAAAUCAGAUUUGCAUGACUUGCAUAUACUUAAUCAAGAAACAUACAGAGAAACUAGCGCUAUUGAUUAUUUGAAUCAUAGGCGAGAGUUUGAUACAGGUUGUACAGAAGCCCAAUUUACUCUUGGACUAGCUAGAAACCUUAAUGCCGAAUCACUAGAUGAUAGUCGUGAUAUUGUUUUAGAGUCUGGUACACAAACUUCAACCACACUGUCAAUAAGUUCAGGUACACACAAUACCACUUACUUGGUUGGACAAAGCAUUUCUUCCGCUAAAAAAGGAAACUCAAUCUCAUUGGGAAAUACAUGUAAAACGGAAACGUGGCAAAGUGGCGUGAAAAGUGCAAAUGUUCGAGAAUCAUCACACGAACAUUUACAUUGCAUUGAUAGUCAAUGUAAACCUGAUAUGGUUAAACACACAGAAAGCUUGUCAAGGCUUUCAGCACAUAUUUCUCAAAUACAGAAAAUUGAAAGUGGUAAAAACCGUACUUGGGAAUUCACCAAUCAAAACGCCAUACAAGGUACUUUGGAAAAUGGCACAUCCAAAAAUUGCUCAAAAGAAACGCUUAAUUUGCUCAGAAAACGGGUUUUAGCGGCGUUAAAGCCUGAUAUACAAGUAAGUGUCAGUCCAUCGGAUUCAUGCGAAGACACUGUAAAAUCAGAGCAAGCACCUCUUGCCUUAAAUGAUCUGCUCCAUGAAAAUGAGCCAGCAAGAGUCCCAGGUCCAUCGAUAUAUUUACAUUCGUUACCGGCUCGAGUUUCCACAUCCCUUACAAAGCUAUGUUCCGCAGCGAACACCAGCUAUCUAACUGAAAAAUCAUUGCCAGUCUCCGGUCAAGUUGCAAUUGGGUUUAGUAAUGUAGAAAGUUGUGCACAAACUGCCACCUCUAAUGUUUUAAAUGUGUCCUCUUCAUCAUCAAGUUACAUUCCACUAUCUGUUAUGUCUAUCAUAAAGAAUGCCGUGCCUAAUGCAUCACCAGCAAACGUUGCUUGUAGAAACGGCCCUUUACAUACCAGUCAUCCAUGCAGCACACGCUUUAAUGAUCUAUUAACCCCGAGUUAUGCGUCACCACAAAACCUUCAGAGACCAAAACUGUUGGGAUAUUUACUACCCAAUACAAGCAGUACUGCAAGUACGUUAGCGAAACAUGGUAUGUCAAAAACUGUCAAUCAAGUGACACACUCACCAUUGACUGUCAUACGAUGUGUAAAUCCAUUAUCGGCUUUAUCUACAGGAAGCAGAAGUUUACCAUCGGAUUCAAUUGAUGGAAAUGGAAAAAUCCAAUCCAAUGAGGUUUGUUCUGUAGCCAGCUCCAAGCCUACUUUACCUGACAGUCAUAGUUUAACACGAUCACAAAUCUCCAGUGUUAGAAGUCCGGACAUAGGUAAAAUGUUGGUAGAAAAAGAAGUAUCUUUUAAAAGUCCGUUGACGGAUGUCAAUCGAGCAGUUGUCCCAGUAUCACCAUCUACCAAUAGCAAUGUUAAAACUACAACUCGCCUGAGAAAAAAGUGUCAUGGCCCAUCGUUGCACAACUCUGCCGACAAUUGUUCACAGAAAGAACACAGUGUUAAAAUUCUGCCUUUAAAAUAUGCUAAUACAAAUGCUGUGAACUAUGACAUUUUUCGCUCACGUCUGUAUCCAAAACGUGGUAGCAAGUCAUUGAAACAUAAAUUAAACUCUUCCCAAAUUUCCCCUGAAGAUGAGUUACUAUUAAAUGUGUGUGUAAGUGAUAAGGUUGAGAUAGGUUUUGAUUGGUACUAUGACGUAUCGGGUGUACCACAAAAGGGAAAAGUUUGUUUAAUUGAUGGAUUUCAAAAACCUGAUGUUCUGUCUGAAUUGGAAAUCAGGUUGUCUAUCUCGGAGUUCCAGUAUGUUUGCUCGGAAAUGGUAUACCCAGUAGUUCUUUACCCACCUUUGACAUCGCUAUAUAGUAUGCCUCAUCGGAAUUGGUUUCUAGUGACAGAAGAUAAACAUGCAAUUUUAUUGAAAAAGGAAAUAAGAGCAGGAUCCAGCCAUUGGUUGAAAGUGGCCAAGUUCAUAAAGUACGCUGAACAGGAAAUACUGGUCAGUUGUCCUGGCAAAGAAGUCGACUUUACAAAUCAGGAACAUUUGUUGGAGCCAGUACUUGUUUUUGAACGUAGAGAAGAUAUAGAUAUCAAUGGUGGAUAUAGGUACAAAUUGCAUGCCGCAUCAGUAAAGAUGAGUGAUUUUUUACGGGAACAUUGGACAGAAUUAUCCGAAGAGGGAAUAAAGAGAACGAUGUGUCCCCAAGUUGUCAACGCUCGAGGAAAAGAUGUCUCUUUUCUGUUAGUAUUUAUUCCGGUUGAUAGAUGGCAUAGGCCAUUGGUAAAAGGUUGCUGCUUUACGCAUAAGGGGUGUACUAAUGUUUAUAUCGUAUUUGUUCCAUUUUUCAGUUUGUUCAAUUGCUAUUCAAUUGUUGUGAAAACCUUUGCCGUUCUUUGUAUGAUUGAAAAUGUUGGAGCCGUUACCAGAGUGAUGGAUGAAAAAAAUGUAACAGCAGAAGACACACUUUUGGUAGGAGAUGAGGAAGAUGGAUUGAUUAUUGAGAAUCAAAGUGACCGAGCAUUCGGUCUUGAUAAAUUAAGUAUGAACAAAUGUUUAGACAGCACUUGCACAGUAGAAACGCUUGCAUCGCUCAAACAAAGGUUUUUUGCGGCGCAUAAUCGUGAUAUACCAGUAAAAAGGGGUCAACAUUCUCAAGUCGAUAUAUCUGUUAAUGAAUGUGCAUUUUCUGGAUCAAAGACAGACGACAGUAUCGCUAAAGGCAGCAGUACGAAGAAAAUUUCGUCAGAAAAUACAAAGGAAAUUGUCGUGAAAAGUACAACUGUUCGAGAAUCAUCACAGGAACCAAAUUUACAUUGUCUUAAUAGCCAAACAAAAAAGAAUCUGGUUAAACGAACGGAAAGCUGGACAAGGCGUUCAUUAGUUAUAUCUCAAACACAUGACAAUGCAAGCAGUGGUAAAAACGUACAUUUGGAAUUCACCAAUCAAAACGACAUAACAGAGACUUUCGAUGGCUUUGAAAUAUUUCGCCCACGCACACUCUUUUCAAGUGAUUUACAGACUAUAGGAAAUGGUUUGAACACAACCCAGAAUAAGUUAUUGAAUGGUUGUGCUAGUGAAAAGGAUGAGCUUGCUUUGGACUGGUUCUAUGCGGUAUCGAAAACCCCCCAAAAAAGUCAUGUAUUGACAGUUGACACAUUAUACGUGAUGCCUGAAUUGAUAGACACGGCACCGAACUCAGAGUUUCGGUAUGUUUUUUCGGAAAUUUUGUACCCUGUAGCACAAGUUUCACCUUGGACAUUAUUGCAUAGAAUUUACCAUAGGAGUUGGUCUCUUGUGACAGGGAAUAAACACGAAAAUUCAUUGAAACAAAUGAUUAGGUCAAUGUCUUGCAAAUGGGCCUUCGAUUUUAUCAAGUUCGGUGAGAAUAAAGUGAUGGUUACACCCUCGAAGAGUCCUAAUGGAUUAGUUGAAUUUCCAAGUAAAGAACAGUUGAUAGAGCCUCUGCUUAUUGUUGAACGUAGACAAGAUAAGGAUAUGAUUGGUGGAUAUAGGUACAAUUUGCACGUUGCGUCAGUAAAGACGAGUGAUUUUGUUCGGGAACAAUGGGAAAAACUACCUGAAGGCGGAGAAAAGAGAACAUUUUGUCCACAAGUUGUCGAUGCUCGAGGCAGAGAUGGUAUUAUCCUCUUAGUUUUUUUGCCGGUGGAUAAACACCAAAGGCCAUUGGUAAAAGAAUGCAUUUUUAUGCAAAGGAGCUGUUAUAAAGUGUUUUUUGUAUUAGUUCCGGUGUUUAGUGUGUUUAGCGGCUAUCCGGUUGUUGUGAAAACUUACGCUAUUUUAAGAAUGAUUGAACAGAUUUGUGCCGUGACCAGAGCUAUGGAUAUGAACUUCUUUGCAGCGGACAGUACGAUGGUAAAAUGUGUGAAAGGUGUGGAAUACAGUGAUUCUGAUCCAAAUAAGCUAACUGGCAGUAUUGAACCAGUUUAUUUUAGUAAUGCCAUUAAUUCGGAUGUGCAGAUGUCUGUUGUUACGGAUACUGAUGAUGCUAUUAUUUCCGGUGAUAAGAGUGCUUCUGUUGCUUGUAAUGAGACAACCGGAACUAGAUUCACAGUUGCUGAUUGUGUUAAAAAGUUGAUUCGAAUGAAAUGUCAAGGUAAAUUAAAAACACCUUUUGAUUUACAAGGAGAAAUGCAUGAACUUCAAAGUGGAAAAAAGCGACAAGGUGAAUCCAGUGAUACCGCAAGAAAAAAGGCACGAACUGGUUCGGAUUCUGAUUAGGAACUAAGACAUUUAGUCAUUACUUUUUAUUGUCAUCUUCAUUGGGAUUGUUAGCUAUGUCUUAAAUAAUGAUCCUUGAUUGAAUUAAUAAGUAUUUGAUUGUUAUUCAUCAGGAGUGUAUACAACUACCGGUGUUAAUGAAACCAGAUAGUAAUUUGUCAGUUAUUAUUAAAUUGAACUAAGUGUAAUAAUGUGUUUGAACAGUGUUUGUUCAAGCAAGGUAAUAAAAAUGAAACAACA